CGGCUUCUGACUGGUGACACUUGUCGCUGGCUCGAUUCUCGCUCAACCCCCUAUCUCUCAGUCAAAUCAUCAUCUGCGGUGGCGGUACUGCUUGACAUUGAUAAAUAGUCACCUGGAGACGACAGGGAUUUGACGUGGUGCUGCUGCUUGCUCUGUUCCGACGCUGCGAUCUCCUAUUGCCUCCGGAACGUCAUCCAAGUUCUCGCCGCGGUUGUGACCUUGAGCAACGACACACGACACUUUCAUCGCUCAUUCCUUGUGUUCUACAUUUCUACUAUGAAUUUAUUUCCAUGACGGCUCGCAUGGCAUAAGUGAGCCCUUGGCUCUUCUGCCUUCAACAUGGCGUACUUUUUGCCUUCUUUCUUCCAAAAGAGGUUGCUGCGAUAUGCUCUCUCCCGCUUAGAGCUCGUUGAUACCGAGGCGCUCGAUCUCGACAGCCUGGGUAUCCGAUGGGGCCAAAGAAGUUCUGUCGAGCUACGGGAUAUUGGCUUGAAGUUAGAGAAAUUAUCUACUCUCCUUCAUCUCCCUCCGUCGACUGAGUUGCUCAGCGCUCGGGUUCAGUUCCUUCGAAUCACCGUUCCAGCCGAUAUCUACAGUAGCGGUAUCGUCUGCGAAGCCAGCGGAAUCGAUAUACAUGUAAAAGCGCUAUCUGAGGAGUCUCAGGGCAGGGGAAAAGAUGCGAAGCAAUGCCAUCCUUCAGCUCAACAGGGUUCCGCUCAUGAUCUCGGUGGAGAGCAGAUACUCCCUAGAGCAGCCGAUCUCGCGGAGUCGUUCCUCGAAACCGAACCGAAGGAAGAGAAAGAGGAGUUAGAAGCAGCCAUAUCUUCACAGUCACAAUAUCUGAAACGCGAAUCAUCAGCUGUUGGCGAUGAUGAAGAGGAUCUAGGGCUCGGAGACGAACGUGUGUCUCUGCCAAGUUUCGUUGCUAGAUUCUUGAAGGGUAUCACAGACAGACUCCGGGUCGAGGUUAAGGAUAUUUCUAUACGGCUUGAUAUUGAGCUGAGACAAGAUGGGAUGUCUAAGAGGCAGACAGAGGAUCAACCGGAUCUGGUUUCGGGUCUGUUGAGUGUUGGAGAUGUAUCUGUGAAUGCGGUCUCUACACCUGACGAAACAGACGGAGUCCCAUUUCGCAAAGAAGGAAGGCGACUAAUCUCUUUGUCCGACGUCAAUAUAUCCUUGAUCUCUGAUCCCGUGGUUUUUUCAAACUAUUCUCGUUUUGCGGCUCCGCCGUCGCCAUCCACCACAAUGCAAUCGAAGGAAGGCCAGCCUUGGAGUAGAUCGCGAUCGCCAUCACCUCCGCCCUCACGCUUGUCUCGCUCAGGCUCUGCUCUGGACAUGACGCGCUCAACGAUUCUUGAGCGAUCCCUGGAGUCUGAGCAUCCGCAUGAUACUGAGUCUCGGGAUAUUGAGCCACCACGAGAUAUUACCCCUCCUGAUACUCAGCCGAUGGAAGGCUCCACUUAUAGCUUGGAUGGAAGGUUUUCAGAUGCAGAUACGGACUACGGUGAGAGAAAUGAUGGGGUUCUGGGACGCUCGCCGAGCUCUUCAAAUGGCCAUUGCGACGAUAGAGUGUUAGAUGAUCCAUCGUAUCUAGAUUCCGUCCUUGAUUUUCAGCCGGGCGGUAAUGGGAUAGAGGAUUCAACAGCUUUCCCACAAGAAGAGCUGCAACAUUCCCAACCGCUGUCUUCAUCUGAAAAAGCGACAUCAGAACAUGGCAUGGAUCGAAGUAGGACUUCGAUCGGUGGCAGCCAAGAAUUCCGCACUCAGAGUUCUCCACGGAACAGUGUAGUUAGCCAUGGGGACGAUGUGCAUAUGGAUGGUACAGCAGUCGGACAUCCUCCUUCAUCGGUCCAAGGGAGUGUUCAUUCGUCCCUUGAGACAAAUGUCCAUGAAAUAUCACAAUCUCAUAACCCUUCUCCUCUGUCAGAUGCUGGGAGUACUGACUCGCAGUCCGGAUCUUCUAAUGAUGAUCUUUCAGAAUCUAGACUCUAUUCUCACGACGAGGCUCAGAGCAUGUAUAUGAGUGCUGUGAGCCAUGGUUCGGCAUCGGAAAGCUUUAUGCCUGCACUACCAGGUGCUUGGGUGUCUGGAAGGAGCUUCAGGGACAAUGCAAUUCAAGGACACCCUGUAGACCAGGUAAACGCUGAUCAAGAGCAAGAGGGGCGUUUCAGCUACAAAGAGCAAGCUGAAGCGGAGCCUUCCACUCCCAAGCUUACCGCUCAGUCGAUAUCAUUUUCUAAAGAACAAUCGGGGUCAGCCAGGGAGACACCAGGCCCAUUUGCACCAGAUUUAAACAAACUUAUGGUGGGGAAGAAAUUUUUUGAAAUUGACAAAAUCUCAUUGUGGCUUCCGUCCACUGAUAACGAUGUCGCGGAGACAGACGAGCAGUCAGUCAAGCUUCAUGAAAAAGCGGCCGAGAGUGAUCUAGGAGACUCUUCAUCGCAAAAUUUGCGUGAUUCUAUUGUUGAAGAUGGGCUACUUGGUUCUAAAGUCUACAGUUCUUUCAGAACCCGUAAGGGUUCUAUGGAGUCAUCACAGCUCACCGAAAUUAUUGAGCAAAGCUUGCCUCGUCAUCCUGAAUACGAAAAACAGCUUCGUCCGGAUGCUGAUAGUGCAUAUCCCAAUAUCGAGAUUGAAGUUUCCUCCGUCGCAGCGCAGUUCGAUAUUGCGACAGGAUGGCUCCUUGCCAAAAUGGGGCAAAGGAUACUUCACACUUUUGGUGGCAAUAAUGAGGAAUUCCACGGGCCAAAACACGAUUCAGAUGCAGCGCAGAGCCGGACAUUUUGUAUCCUUGGUCUGAGCAAACUAUCUGUCAGGUUCGUCGAACACUUACCUGGGUUUCCCCUUGAGAAUUCCCGGUUAUAUUCUUCAUCAUAUCCUUCCACUUUGGAAGAUGUGAUCUUGAGGAUUUCAUCGUCCGGUUGGAAGGCCAAUUUGUCUUUAGAGAACGACACGUCAAAGCUUCGUCUCGAUGUAUCGAAGUUUGCAUUUGGGUUUGCAACAGAGGAUCUGGUCUCUUUUAAUGAGGGCUUAAAAAUGCGAGAAUCAGUUAGAGAUGUUCUCUCACCUGUGCACGCCGACAUAUCUCUUUCCGUCGUCAAAUCUUCAGAUUCUGCUAAGGUCAUUGCGACGACUCUUCCACUGCAUCUCAGUCUCAAUAUUCAGCGCUUAGAGGAAGUUUUAGGUUGGAUCGGAGGCCUCAGCACUAUUUUGGAACUUGGAAGUUCUAUCUCGUCGGUUUCAACUAUGAAAGGAGCAAGAUCAGAACCAAAGAAACGCUCUCGCGGUGUGCGUUUUGAAUCCCAUCCUCCGCCGGCCAGGGAUGAGUGCCGAUCCAACUCCGCAUCUUGGAAGGUGAAUGUUAGAGUCGGUGGCGUGGUAGUGGACGUUGUCGGAGAGACCUAUUUCAAGCUGAAAACGACAGCCCUCAAAGCCGUCAGCAGAUCCGAAGGGAUUGGUGUACAGAUCGACAAAGCCAAGUUAACUGGUCCCUUCCUACCCAAUGAUGCUUGUGAUGCGGCUCCUGCUAAAGUCACUUUUGACAAUAUCAGAGUCGAGUAUCUUUUUACGCCGAAGGAGGCUGAUUUGGACCGUCUGCUAGCAUUGAUUACCCCGUCCAAGGACAGGUACGAACAAGAUGACGAUAUCUUGCUGGAUACCCUUUUCAAACAACGGAAACAGGGUUCUGUACUUCGUGUGACUGUUUCAACGAUGAAGACGGCUCUUUCUCGCAUGGAUACUUUGGACUCCAUUUCACAGUUCGUUAACGAGCUGGGUGCGCUAUCUACUGUCACUAAAUAUUUACCAGAGGACGACCGACCUGGUAUUUUGACAUUGGUCCUGGUGAAACAGCUUGACGGGCAGGUUCAAGUCGGAGGGCAAGUUGGUCUCAUCGACAUGAAACUCCAAAAUAUGGAAGUGGCUCAUAUCAGUAUACCGUCCCUCAUUGCUGCUCGAGUUGGGGCAGCGACUGUCAACAGAAAUGAGACGGAGGAACUGCUGGGACCGGCGUUGCCGCUGGGCGAGGGCCAUGACCUACCUCGGACGCAGCAGCCAGUAUUAAUGGCCCGUUUUAUCGCUGAUGAAAUGGACCCCACAGUCAAGAUUAAGCUAUUUGACCUUCGGGCAGAAUAUACCCUUCCAGCGAUGAUUGCAUUCCUUGGCAUCAACAACGAGGUGGCAAGCGGAAACGUAGCCGCGGGUAUGGCACAGUCGUUGGCUAAUCUUGGUGACUUGCAGUCAUCUCAGCAAGGGCAAGCUCAUCUUUCGCGUCGGUUAUCCACAAAAUCUGAAAGGACGGGAGGGUCUGUGAAGCCGGCUAGAAUAGAGGUUUUCUUGUGUGAUUGUCUCCUCGGACUCAAUCCUCGUGAUACUCCGGCAAAAGGCUUUGUCAUGUUUACGAACGCCCGAUUUUUUGGUGCAAUUAAUGAUAAUGAGCAAUCAGAGGUAACUUUGGAUCUCAGUAAGGCAUCUCUUAUGAUCAUUGACGAUAUUCGAAAUGUGGGAUACACGGACAACCUGCGUCGACGAGGCGCCACUGCUGCUCUGAGGAGUCAAGACCAGUCGCUCGUUGACAUGGGCUACGUUCCUGUUUCUACCAUAUCAUCAGCUACAGCCAUUGUGAAGGUAAUCCCGUUGGACGACGGUACGAAGUCACUGGAUGUGGAACUUCGAGAUGAUCUACUCAUUCUCGAGACUUGUGCGGAUUCGACACAGACUCUGAUCAGCAUCCUGAACGGACUACAGCCCCCAGCACCUCCUAGCACGACUCUCAAGUAUAGGACUGAGGUGAUGCCCAUUCAGGACAUGCUGCAGUCUUUUACAGGAGACGCGUACACGGCAGAGCCCGUCCUUAACCAGGAAAACAUCCCUGAUACCAUCUCCGAGUUUGAUAAGGUUCAUGGAAACGAGGAGUAUCUAGAUGAUGAGCUUGACUACGUGAGCGAUUUCCAUCCCACGAUACCAGAAGCUGAGGGUGGUCUCCUCGCCGAGAGCAUGACAGCCUCAGCUCUCGCUCCGUCGACGUCAGAGGCUCUUCUUGAUAGCUUCCACUCGCAGUACUAUGUUUCGUCCAGCGUUUCAGAGCUCGAUUUCCAGGAAGACCACUUCUCAAAGCAGUCUGCAGUUGGGGGAACGGCUCAUCGGUGGGAUUCUACACACAAUACCUACGGGCUUUCGAAUGAGAGUAAGCUCCGAAGGAGCCCGCUUAGAGUUAGGGUGCGAGACGUCCACGUCAUCUGGAAUCUGUUUGAUGGCUACGACUGGCAGCGAACAAGGGAUACCAUAUCUAAAGCCGUGAAGGAUGUGGAGAUAAAGGCGACAGAGCGGCGGGCCAGAGCUGCCAAUCGAACAUCGCCAGGCCCAGGCGAAGAGGAGGAGUCAGUCAUUGGCGACUUUCUGUUCAACUCGAUCUACAUUGGCAUUCCCGCUAAUAGAGAUCCGCGGGAAUUGCAUCAGGACAUCAAUCGCGAUAUUGACGACCUGGCGAGUGAAACAGGCAGCUACGCGACAAGUACAACUGUGACCGCCAUGACAUCCAGACGGGCUGUAUCUCCACAUAAAAGAAAGAAGUUACGCUUGUCCCGCAGCAGACAUCACAAGAUGACCUUUGAAUUGAAAGGCAUCUGUGCAGACUUUGUCGUCUUUCCGCCGGAUUCGGGGGAGACACAAAGUUCCUUAGAUGUACGUAUCAAAGAUCUGGAUAUAUUCGACCAUGUGGCAACUUCAACGUGGAAGAAGUUUGCUACUUACAUGCGGGAAGCUGGGGAUAAAGAGAGUGGAACAAGUAUGGUACAUCUGGAGGUAUUAACUGUGAAGCCCAUUCCCGAAUUGGCUGCAUCGGAGAUUGUUUUGAAGGCCACUGUUCUUCCCCUUCGGUUACAUGUGGAUCAGGACGCCCUUGAUUUCAUGUGCCGCUUCUUCGAGUUCAGAGACGAGUCCUCUCCUGCUCCCAAUGCGCCCGGAGAUGUUCCAUUCUUGCAAAGAGUGGAAGUUAAUGCCGUGCAAGUCAGGCUCGACUUUAAGCCAAAGAGAGUCGACUACGCAGGUCUUCGAUCCGGUCGCACGACGGAAUUUAUGAAUUUCUUCGUUCUGGACGGUGCGGAUAUGGUCCUGCGGCAUGUGAUUAUCUACGGGGUUUCAGGAUUCGACAAGCUUGGGAGCACGCUCAAUGAUAUCUGGAUGCCAGAUAUCAAGAGGAAUCAGCUACCGGGUGUCCUUGCGGGCUUGGCCCCUAUCAGGUCUCUGGUGAACGUUGGCGGAGGCUUUAAAGAUCUGGUAGUUAUUCCAAUGCGCGAAUACAGGAAGGACGGUCGCAUUGUGCGAAGCAUCCAAAAGGGUGCACUGUCAUUCGCCAAAACUACCAGUAGCGAGCUCGUGAAGCUUGGAGCCAAACUUGCUAUUGGCACGCAAACAGUUCUGCAGGGGGCGGAGGAUUUUCUCAACGCCCCGGGGGCACAAUUUGCGGGUUUGGAGGAGGACGUGGUUGAUGAAGAGGAGACAAACAAGAUCUCUCCGUAUGCUGACCAGCCGGUCGGAGUUGUCCAGGGCUUGCGAGGGGCAUUCAGGGGUCUCGAGCGCGACUUGCUCUUGACACGCGAUGCUAUCGUUGCAGUCCCGGGCGAAGUGGUCGAGGGUGGCAGUGCGAAAGCAGCGGCAAAGGCUGUGUUGAAGCGGACCCCGACCAUCAUCCUUCGGCCAGCUAUUGGGAUGUCCAGGGCAGUUGGACAGACGCUGUUGGGUGCUGGAAAUACCCUGGAUCCAACGAACCGAAGGAAGAUGGAAGACAAAUACAAGCACCAUUAGAAGUGACGGUUUCGUCCAACAGCAGUUGAAAUUGACAAUUCUGGUUUCGAGACCCCCUUUGACCCGUGAUAGUAGUGGAACAAGAACGAUCUAAAACAAUUUGUGGGGUAUAAACAAGAAAGUGGCAGGACAAGGUAUAUAGUGCGACAGCAAGGAGGCUGCAGAUCAGCGGGGAAUGGAACUUUUCGAGUCUACAACGGCCACGAUGACGACGAAUUGACGACGAUACCGAUUUGGAAUCUGUAGACAAGCAUUUGGAGUGUUUCGCGUGUUUUAUCUUGCCUUGCUUUGCUUUGCUUUCUGCUGCUCCGAGCAUGAAUUGGUGUUCUUUGGACCUGGUUUGGGCUGGAGUGUUUUUGGUCUUCAGGAAUUUUGCUAUUUUUGGACUCUCUCUAUUUUGGCUGUGGAAGAAUGAUCAUAAUGUGGAUAGAAUGCUGAGCUGUGCUGGAAAUACGCAGAUAUACCAACCGAUCAAUGCAAUUGUUUGAAC